GCCAUACCAAUAUAAUAGGACGGCACGAAAGCAAUCUCUCAAAACCGAGCACAGCGCGAGCGCGAGCGCGUGGUGUGCGUUGCUUAUCAGAGGAACGACACACUUUAACCGUCUGGUAUAAAAGUCACUUUGAGCUCGAGCCAGGAACUGCGACAAAGAGAGAAACAUGGCUGAGGAUAUUCAGACCAAACUCGAGAAUUACCGCACUGCCCCCUUUGACGCCAGAUUCCCUAACCAGAACCAGACCAGAAACUGCUGGACCAACUAUGUAGACUACCACCGCUGCCAGAAAGCUCUGGACGCCAAAGGAGUAGACACUGCCCCGUGUGAAUGGUACAAGAGGGUCUAUAAGUCUCUCUGCCCUGUAUCCUGGAUCCAGAAAUGGGAUGACCAGAGAGAAGAAGGGACCUUUCCUGGAAAAAUCUAAGACUACCGUCUCCAACGCGGUUUGUCUGACGAGAUGUUAUCUUUUCAGCUAAAUCUUUGUAAAAGUGAUGCUUUUCCACUACAAAUGCUCCUUCCCAGGAGCAUACUGAAACUGAAUGCUCAUUCCUUACACAUAACAUGAAAUGUACAGCAGAUUCUGCAUUAAAAAUACUCAGGAUAUAUUUAUGGA